CGCGGCGGCACGAUGCGCGAGGGCAACCGCACGGGAGCCGAGCCCCCGCCGCACCUCUUCCCCGUGCCCGUGCUCACCGGCAUCACCGUCGCCUGCGUCCUGCUCUUCGUCAUCGGCAUCGUUGGCAACCUCAUGACCAUGCUGGUGGUGUCGCGGUUCCGGGACAUGAGGACCACCACCAACUUCUACCUGUCCAGCAUGGCCUUCUCCGACCUGCUCAUCUUCCUCUGCAUGCCCCUGGACCUCUUCCGCCUCUGGCAGUACCGGCCCUGGAACUUCGGGGACCUCCUCUGCAAGCUCUUCCAGUUCGUCAGCGAGAGCUGCACCUACUCCACCAUCCUCAACAUCACGGCGCUCAGCGUGGAGCGGUACGUCGCCAUCUGCUUCCCCCUCCGAGCUAAAGUCAUCAUCACCAAGGGGAAGGUCAAGCUGGUCAUCCUCUUCCUCUGGGCCGUCUCCUUCAUCAGCGCGGGACCCAUCUUCAUCUUGGUGGGGGUCGAGCACGAGAACGGCACGAACCCCCUGAGCACCAACGAGUGCCGAGCCACGGAGUACGCCGUCCGCUCGGGGCUCCUCACCAUCAUGGUCUGGACCUCCAGCAUCUUCUUUUUCCUGCCCGUGUUUUGCCUGACCGUGCUGUACAGCCUCAUCGGGAGGAAGCUCUGGAGGAGGAAGAAAAAGAACAUCGGUCCAAACACAGUCAUCAGGGACAAGAACAACAAGCAAACUGUGAAAAUGUUAGUUGUGGUGGUAUUUGCUUUCAUACUCUGCUGGUUGCCUUUUCACGUAGGACGAUAUUUAUUUUCCAAAUCCUUUGAAGCUGGAUCCUUGGAGAUAGCUGUGAUCAGCCAGUACUGCAACUUGGUGUCCUUUGUCCUCUUCUACCUUAGUGCGGCCAUCAAUCCCAUCCUCUACAACAUCAUGUCGAAGAAGUACCGCGUAGCCGCUUGUCGCCUGUUUGGACUCAAACUCCUUCCAAAGAAAAGACUCUCCAGCACAAAGCAGGAAAGUUCCCGUGUGUGGACAGAGCCAAGUGUUAUCACAUGACACAUGGUUUCCAGCACUGGAGCAUCACUCACUGCAUUUCCCAGAAAGCCAUAAAGGAAGAGAAAGAGGGCAAGAAAUGGGAAACCAACCAUUAAAGCUGUACAUUUGUCAUCAUCUGGAUGUGCUGAAAGAUGUAAUGUAGGAAGCUAAACAUUAAAAAAGCCAAACUAAACUCUGAGACUAUAAAAGGAGACAAAUGGUCACAGAAUUUGGCAAUGCUCAAGUGGUUUUUUUUUCUACUGCUUUUGCCCA